GAGUGAAUCGUCAAGUUUCCAAAGUAGGACGCGUAUGCGUGCGCUGCACCAGCUAGAAGAAGGUGAACCCGAACAGAGCGCAUCUUCUCAAACAUCCCUCUAAGGGUCAGCCAGGGUAGUAUCUGUCAAGAAAAAUGAAUAAACCAGAAAAACCUCUGUCAACUCUCUGGGGCUGUGAACUUAACGAGUCUAAUAAAGAAGAGACUUUUAAGACGGACGAUACGAACCAUCAACACCAACUCGCCUUGAGAACUAUGUGUUUGGGUCACACGGCCAAAGACGAGUUCAACAUUGUGGAGCUGGUGACCGGCGAAGGGGGUGAUGGCGCCAAAGCUGUGCCAAUUGUCACUUUACACGCCAAGUCGAUGCCCACCGUCAAUUUGUCCGGUUUAGACUUGCACCCCCCCGUGACAUUCCGCCUGAGGUACGGCUCGGGCCCCGUGUUCGUCGGAGCUGAGCACGUAGCCUUGGAAGACUAUUCUGACGAAGAGCUAGAGGACGAAGAGAUGGAUGAGGAGGUGGAGGAAGAAGAGGAGGAUAUUGAAGAGUCACCUGUGAAGAAAGUGAAGAAAACUGGUGCUGGCAAAAGAAAGAAGCCAGAAAAGGGGGAUGAUGAGGGUGAAGCAUCAGAGGGUGAAAAUAAUCCCCCUAAAAAGGGAAAAGGAAGGGGGAGAAAACCACUGGCUGCGAAGGUUUGAUUGAUGAGCCAUUAUUGCACCACUUGAAAGACUUGAUACAGAUCAGCCUGCCAAAAAAAAAUCUGUUCUGCAGGUGUGAAGAUGUG